CUCUUACCAGGAGCCGACUAGCCGAGAGCGCUUGGAGGAGGCAGCGGUGGCGGUGGCGGCGGCGGCGGCGGCAAUAGCAACAGCGGCAGUAGCUAUGAGGGUCCGCGGCGGGGUGAUUCAUUGUAGAUGCUCCAAGUGUUUUUGUCUUCCUUCAAAACGAAGAAUAAAAAAGAGGCCCCGAGUCUUAACUUUAUUGAGUCUUCCUGAAGAUGUCCUCUUCCAUAUACUGAAAUGGCUUCCUGCGGAGGAUAUCCUAGCCAUCCGAGCUGUACAUCCGCAUCUUAAGUAUCUUGUAGAUAAUCAUGCCAGUGUUUGGGCAUGUGCAAGCUUUCGGGAGAUGUGGCCUUCUCCAGAUAAUCUAAAGCUUUUUGAAAGGGCUGCUGAAAGCGGUAAUUUUGAAGCUGCUGUGAAGCUAGGGAUUGCCUACCUCUACAAUGAAGGCUUGUCUAUUUCUGAUGAGGGUCGGGCAGAAGUGAAUGGAUUAAAGGCAUCACGUUUCUUCAGCUUAACCGAACGCCUGAAUGUUAAUGCUGCUCCAUUUAUCUGGCUAUUUAUUCGCCCUCCGUGGUCUGUGUCUGGAAGCUGCUGUAAAGCUGUAGUCUUUGAAAGCCUCAAAGCAGAAUGUCAAUUUCAAAAAGUUCAUAAAGGAUCUAUAUUAUAUUGUUUGGGUAAAGUUUUAAGCCUUUUUGAGGAUGAAGAGAAAAAAAAAGAAGCACUUGAAAUGUUCGAGGCUUCAUCAAAUCAGGGAUGUUUGAAUAGUUCUUACCUCCUUUGGGAAAGUAGUCAGAGGACUGCUAUGUCAGAUCCUGGAAGGUAUCUCCAGAGCCUCCGAAAACUCAGGGACUAUGCAACCAAGGGCUGCUGGGAAGCACAGAUAUCUUUAGCUAAAGCUUGUGGAAAUGGAAAUCAGCUUGGGUUAGAAGCAAAAUCUUCCAAUGAAGUGGUGCUACAGCUCUUUCAGGCCUCUCACCCUGUCAGUAAAGAGAGUAUCUUCACUGUGCAGAAAGGAAUGAAUGAUACAAUGAGGUACAUCUUGAUUGACUGGCUAGUGGAAGUUGCCACCAUGAAGGAUUUUACAAGUCUGUGCCUUCACAUGACAGUGGAAUGUGUGGAUCGUUACCUGAAACUGAGAGUGGUACCUCGAGCCAAGCUACAGCUUCUGGGAAUUGCUUGCAUGGUUAUCUGUACCCGUUUCAUUAGCAAAGAGAUCUUGACAAUUCGUGAAGCAGUUUGGCUAACAGAUAAUACUUAUAAAUAUGAAGAUCUAGUAAGAAUGAUGGGAGAGAUCAUUUCUGCUCUGGAAGGAAAGAUUCGAAUUCCUACUCUUGUAGAUUACAAAGAAGUGCUAAUGAAUGUAGUCCCAACAGAGAGAAGAACUCUUCACCUGUACAGCUUUAUCUGUGAACUUUCUUUGUUGUAUACGAGCCUCUCUGUGUACUCCCCAGCCCAUCUGGCUGCUGCAGCCUUAUUGCUGGCCAAGUUGAUGCACCGGCAAGCACAUCCCUGGACAAGUCAAUUGUGGGAAUGCACUGGAUUCUUCUAUGAAGACCUAAUACCCUGCGUUUUGAGCCUUCACAAAAAAUGCUUCCAUGAUGAUGCCCCAAAGGAUUAUAGACAAGUUUCCUUGACAGCUGUGAAACAACGUUUUGAGGAUAAACGUUAUGAAGGAAUAGGUCAAGAAAAGGUAAUGGGUUAUGGCCAAUUAUGUAAGUUAUUAGGAGUGAAGCAAGAGGACACAGAACCUUCUUCCUCCCUCAGUGUGGCUGAAAUUCAAACCUUCCUCAACUCACCCUCUGGGAAGAGAACCAAAAGAAGAAGGGAAAACAGCCUUCAGGAAGAUAGAGGCAGUUUUGUGACAACACCUACUGCCGAGUUAUCCAGCCAAGAGGAAACUCUCCUGGGCAACUUCCUGGACUGGAGCUUGGACUACUGCUCUGGCUAUGAGGGAGACCAGGAAAGUGAAGGGGAAAAAGAGGGAGAUGUCACAUCUCCCAGCGGGGUCCUCGAUGUAACUGUGGUGUAUCUGGAUCCAGAACAGCACUGCUGUCAGGAGUCCAGUGAUGAAGACAGUCGACUAGAGGACCAUUCUAAGCAGAAUGUGCCGCCGCCAUCAGACCACAUGCACGCUGAGAAACAGUGGCUCCUUUUUCAGGACAGGACGGAAACCAAAACAGAAGUGACCUCGGGCUACUCCUCCGUCAACAGCGCCAGCCCCACAUCCUCCUCCAUGGAGAACAACUUUGGAGCAUUUGUCAAAACUACCUCAACACUGUCCCCAGGCAGGGACCCGAACACUCACCCAUGUACAGCCACCUUAGAAUCAUGUUUACAGUCUCUUCACACCAGUCCCACUGAGAACAGCCUGCACCGGAGACAGGUGAAGAGGAAAAAUGUGGCUGAGCAUAGUGACAAGAAGAACUUGGGAUUCUGGAGUCUGUGAUUGUCUGUGCAGUGUUUGUCGCUUUCAAUGUUUACUAAAAGAAUUUCUGUAAUGCCUUCUAAGGGUUGUGGGGGGGAAGCCAUAAAUGUGUACUUUAUAAACUCCAAAGGUAACAGAUGUACAACCUGCUGGGGUCUGAGGACUGGUAACUCCAACACGUGGAAGAUGGAGAAAAAUCACUGUUGGCACCAAAUGGAACUUCCUUCCAUUUAGUCCUAUGCAAAACAAAGUGCACAGUUGAAUUCUCCAUCCAAAAGAAAAGUACCAAAUCCUUCUCUUAGGCAAUGCAAGCCCAAAGCAAUCAUGCCUUAUUGUGUUAAGUCUGUUUUCUGUUUUCUUCACCUUUUUUUUUUUCUGUGGUGUAUGCUGUCCUGGGAAAGCAGAGGCUGAACCCCCUUCUCACUGUUCAAAAGGUCCUCUUCCCAGUAGAUUUCUUUACUGAGUAAAAUCUGAUGUUCAGGCCCAAUCCAAUGCCAGUAUUCCAGGCUUCAAGUAACAUUGAAUUCAAAGGUACGUUCCUAGGAAAAGCUUUAUUGAUGUUACAGUGACUCUACCUGCAGAGUUUUGGCUGGGCCCCGGUGAACUAGAGAUCUCAUUCAGAAGGGAUUCAUGGGUCCUCAUGGAGCCUAGAAAUGUGUCCAGUGGUGGCAGAGGCUAUUUUAAAAGCUAAAAACUAUGGCAUAUUUUAGCUUUGAACUCCCCCUCACUAACCAGGUUGUCUGAAGCCUUCACUGCCAAGUGCCUUCCCCACCAACUUUUAGCUCUUUACAAAGAGUUGGUCUUUACAAUAGAAAAGUCAAAUGCCUUUUUUUUUUUUUAAUAACCUUAUUGCUGUUGCAUCUUUACUGUCUCCAGUCCAGUGUUGGUGCUAAGAACUGCUCUUUAUACAGUGGGGUUUAGGACCACUCUUAGUUUAUUACCAUUGCACUGCCCUCACUUAAAAAUUCAUCCUUUAAGAUGAAAAUUAACUCAGUUGCAAGUGGAAUGGGAUUUUUUUUUUAAUUCCAAGUCCUAUUUCCAAGUGGCAUCAUGACAAACAUAUGCUGAAAGCAUUUUUCCUCAAGAUGUGAUUUCUUCAACUAGCUUCCUGCCUGAGAAUGGCCAAAUAGAUUAAGUGGGGGAAAGAAACACCAAUGCAGUUUGGAUUUUAAUGGUUUCGUCAUUGUAAAUUGUCUGAAAUAGAAUAACACUGAAACUGUAAAGUAAUUGUUUGCUUUUAUUAAUUACUGUGGAUAAAAUGCCAGGUUUUGUUUUUUGUUUUUUAAGUGUCCCUUUAACUAUGCAACAUUGAGGAAAUAAUGUGUGAUCCAAUGGCUUCUCAUUCUAUAUUUUCCCCUGGAAUUAGUGCAACAGACAGGAUUUCUAUAGAAACAUGUCUCUUGAGGAUGUGGUUGUUUUGAAGCUUCAACUUGGAAACUCAAGAGCUAAGGGAAAUUUCAAUUGCUUUUAAAUUAAAAUGAGUACACAUAAAUUACAAGGAUGUUGUUGGAAGGAUAUUAUAGAUAUUUAAGUUUAAGGUCCAAGCUACUGGCUUCAUUGGAAAUUUCCCUAACAAUUGAGAAUCUUAGGGUGCUGUGGGAGUUUUUCCCAUCUUCUUCAUCCCCACCCCCAACCCCUGCAGCUUGCUAAAGGGGUCUCAGCUUAAUCCCAAAUUUUUAGUUUUACUAAAUUGGGUAAUGAUGAUGAAAAGGAAAUACCUUUAUAGUCCCAUUAUUCCCGAUAGAGCUUUUUUUCAUAUUGUAUUUAAAAAAAGAUAUCUCCACAUUGGUCCUGCUUUAUCGAUAUAGUUUAAUAAAAAUCAAACUUCAGCAACAGGAAAAAAUUACCUGUUUCUGAACUUAUCUACCAACAAACUUCAGGCCUAUGAAGUUGGCUGGGCUUGAGAGACUGGAAAUGGAUUCAGAAACAUCUAUCAUGAGCAAAAGAGGCAACUAUACUUUUUUCUUUCUUUCUCCCCCUUUCCCCCCCCAUAGUUCUGAGCCAGUCUUCUCUAUGGAGGAAAAGAGCAGAAAAUAGCAUUGCCCAGCUCUCCCAGAAUCCUGUAUUUCAGUAUAUUGUAGACUUAAGAAAAUACUGGACAGCAGUAACUGGACCUUCCACUCAGUUUCAUUAACAUAUGAUAGGAUCCAAAGGCUUCACUAAUAUAUUCAGUCAGCCUCUUACUAUAGGGAGUUAUAUCUGGGGAGAUAGUUAACCUGAAGUGUAUCCAAAUUAAUGUUUGAUCUACUACACCCUGGCCAAAUUAUGCUUCUGAGAAACCAUUGUGUCACUGAAUUCUUGAUAUUUUCUCCCAUUUUUAGCAAAUGGGUUGUCAGAUUCUGAGAGAUUGAGGUCUAAAAUAGUUUUUAAACCGAUUUCCAAAUGCAUCUUACUAUAUAGCCCCAAGAAGCUAGCACUGCCCUUCAAGCCAAAACAUGGGACGGCAAGGGAAGCUUGUUUGCAGAAUUAUCUCUGACCAUUCAUUGAUCCAAUGAGAAUAAAUGUGAACAAUAAAAA